UAAUCCACAUUAUUAUUUCAACAACACUAAAUACUAUUUUCUUCUUUUGAAUUUCUCAUAUAUAUAUGUCUAACUAUUGAGUAUUGUUAUUACUCAAAAUAAUAAUAAUUUAUAUUUACUUAAUUAUCACAAUGGGAAGAACACCUUGUUGUGAUAAAAAUGGACUUAAAAAAGGGCCAUGGACAACAGAAGAAGAUCAAAAGCUUAUUGAUUACAUACAAAAAUAUGGCUCUGGAAAUUGGAGGAUUCUUCCUAAGAAUGCUGGGCUUCAAAGGUGUGGAAAGAGUUGCAGGCUACGUUGGAUUAAUUAUCUAAGGCCAGAUAUUAAAAGAGGAAAAUUCUCUUUUGAAGAAGAAGAGACAAUCAUCCACUUGCAUAGUAUUCUUGGAAACAAGUGGUCUGCUAUUGCUGCUCGUCUGCCAGGAAGGACUGAUAACGAAAUCAAAAAUUAUUGGAAUACUAAUAUUCGAAAAAAGCUUUUGAGAAUGGGAAUUGAUCCAAUAACUCAUAGCCCUCGUCUUGAUCUUCUUGAUUUAAACUCAAUUUUCAACCCUUCACUCUACAAUUCAACUCAAUUGGACAAUAAUAUUUCAAGGUUAUUAGGUGUACAAUCCCUAGUUAAUCCUGAGAUUUUGAGAUUAGCCAAUUCCCUUUUAUCUUCUCACCACCAAAACCAAAAUUUCUUAUUGCAAAGUAAUUUUCAAGAAAAUCAACUAUGCAAUUCAUAUGUCCAAAACAAGUUGACCCCAUUUGGCCAAACUAGCCUAAUUCAAAACCCUAUUAACAAUAUUUCAACUUGUUCCAAUUUUAAUACUCCAUCUGUUCCAUUUUAUAGUGACACUCUAGCCAUGCAACAACCUAAUGUGGAGGAGCAAUCAUCAUCGAAUAUUUUAAACUUCAACUCACAAAAUUUUACCUUCAAUUCUAUUUUGCCAACUUUAUCUACUCCAUCGUCAACUCCAACUUCAUUAAAUUCGAACUCUAGUACGAUUUCGGAAGAAGAGAGGGAAAGUUAUUGUAGCAUGUUAAACUUUGAUAUUCCAAAUAUUUUAGAUGUUAAUGAAUUUAUGUAAUUUACUAUUGUAAAGAAAUAUCACUCAAAAAUUUGGAAGAACAAAAAAAAAGCAUUCUUUGAUUAUAAUAUGAUCAAUUA